GCAAACAGUAAUAAAUAGAGGGAGAUUGUGGAUAUAUAUAUGAUAAAUAAAGUGGUACAUUUCUCUCGGAUAUUUUAAUGAUUAUUAUGCAUUUGUACCAUAACUAUUAGACAUAAUUAGUCAUAUCAUUUGUGAGUCAUAUGACGGUUACAUACGACAGAUACAUAUCCGUCAUCCGUCGCGAAUUAACGCAGAGAGACUACAAACCGUUUUUGCGUACUUUGUCAAACAAUGGCUACAAUAACAUGUAUAUCCGAUGAAGUGAUCAGCAUCAUUCUGGGACAUGUCAAUAUUAGCAUUGAGGAUGUCGUGAAUUUUGCCUCCACAUGUAAGCGUUUUCGCAACACGAUCAAUGAUGACAAUGUUCUUUGGCAACACAAACUUUACCAAAGAUGGCCUGAUUUGAAAAAAGUUUACGAUAAACGAAAAUGCGAAGAGCAUAUAAACUUUGAAGAAGAAGUAAGAGCAAGUUUUAAAUGUAGGAAAGAAUUAUGGUGUUAUGUGAUGCAAAUGUCUGAAAUGCACUAUUAUAAAGAUGAUUUAUCUGAUAGUGACAUGAAGGAUUUUAAUUUAUUGUUCCAUUUAGAUAAGGAUGGGUAUUAUAUGAAUUAUUAUUUUCUCACAGAUGAAAUAAUGAGUUUUCUUGCAAAAUCUCCAAGCGACUGUAAUUUGACACAUAGAUAUUACAUCAAAAAACUUCUUCGAUAUCUGCGACAAUGCCAUCUAAGGGAUAAAUGGAAAAAAUUUAUAAAUUACUCCAGUAAACAGCAGCUUUUAGAACAGGCAGCUACUAUUGUAGCUCAAUGGUAUCAACCCAAAAAACAUGUUUCUUACUCGCAUGUAAAAGUAUCAUUAGCAAACAUUGCACAGCAGGUAUUGGACUGCCUUAAAAAAGAAAAUCCCGAGCAUCCAAUUUUCUCAAUAUCUGCUGAACAGUUUUCCUUUUGGGAACAUAAUAAUAUUGAUGAUAAUGAGUGGGACAGCAUAGAAGGAAAACAGAUUAUAGAAAUACUUCGAGAAGUUUUAUUUGAUAAAGCAGGUUUUUCUGGAAAUUGGCUUUAUGUAACUCCUGAGAUUUAUAAUCCACAACAUACCCUUAUAGACCUUGUUUUAGAAAAAAAAAUUGGUAAUACUGUAUCCCUAGCAAUAAUAUUCCAAGGUGUGGCAAGAAGACUUGGUAUACGUUGUGAUCUAAUAUCUUUCCCAGGUCAUUUUUUUUUAAGUUGGAAAUCAAAAUAUAAUACAACAAAUUCUAAAAAUGAAGAAUGUUUCUAUAUUGAUGUCUUACAUCGUGGACGUAUUCUAAGCAGGAACGACUGUCCCAGAAUUCGUGGUGCUAAAAAGUGUCCUAUAGAAAAUUUUAAUACAUAUAGCAAAGCUAGUCCUGUAGAGGUAAUGUUACGCAUGAUCAAUAAUUUGCAAAUAGCAAAUCGUGAUAAAAGGACAGAAACACGUUCAUUAUUAGAGCUUCAGCAUCUAAUAGAACCAGAUAAUAUAGACACGAUUGCACAAUUGGGUCGCUAUUAUAUAUUGCAUCACAUGGAUGUAUCAGAUCUUAUGGUUAAAUUAAUUGAAAUACAGAAUAAUUGUAAGAAUAUUAGAUGUGCAGAAGUAAGACGCGCCGAAAUGGUACUGGAUAAGUUCAGAAAAUAUACAGAAAGACUUUUGCCUUGCAAUAAAACAAUAAGACAAAAAAAAAAGCAAAGAACAAAGGAAAUGUUGUUUAAGGUUGGAAUGAUAGUGACAUGUCAUGAUAAAGUCACAUCUCGCUCCUUGUUAGGUGUAAUUAUUGGGUGGGACGAGGAAUUUAAUUCACGUGUGGAAAUGGAAUGGAAGCAAUGCAGACCUUUAUAUAACCGUCCUGUUCCUGGAUCUAAUACUCUAUCGCAACCAUUUUACAAAGUUCUUUGUCAAGGGGAUAAAGCAUAUUACGUUGUUGAAGACGCAAUAGAGAAGAAAUCUUAUCGUGAUUGGAUGACACACAAAGAGAUUGGCCGAUAUUUUUGUAAACAUGAAAACGGAUGCUAUAUACCAAACAAGAUGUUAGCAGAUCAUUAUCCAUGCGAUCUAUGAUAAUUAAGGCUUGAUAACAUAUAUACUAAAAUUACUAAAUUAAUCACUUGUACUUUUAGCUGUUCCAUCAAGAAAAUACCUAGACAAAAAUCUUGUAAAAUGUGCUGCUUUUUUUUAUUCUAAAUGAAUAAUUAUAUAAAUAUAUAU